UGAAUGUGAUUUACUUGUAUUUUGGUGCGGAUUUUUACAUCUGUAUUUAUAAGGGAUAUUGGUCUGUCGUUUUCUUAUGAUGUCUUCCUCUGGUUUUGAUAUCAGGAUAAUAUUAGCCUCAUAGAUUGGGUUAGGAAGUGUUCCCUCCUCUGUUUUUUUAGAAGAGAGAGAUUGGUGUUAAUUCUUGUUAGAACCUUUGGUAGAAUUUGCCAGUCAGCCUAUCUGGUCUCAGGUCUUUGGGAGAGUUUUGAUUCUGAGUCAGUCUAUGUAUUUGUUAUAGAUUGUUCGGAUUGUCUAUCCUUGAGUCAGUUGCUAGCUUGUGUGUUUCUAGGAAUUUUUCCAUUUCGUCCAUGUUAUCUAAUCUGUUGGCAUACUGUUGUUCACGGGAUUUUCUUGAUGUGUGUGAGGUCUCUGAGAACGUCCCUGCCUUCACUCCUGCUUUUAGUCACUGGCAUCUUCUUUUAGCUUGGGCCGUCUGGCUGUGCAUGGUUUUGGGGGAGUCCUCCUUGACCAUGCAGAUGCUGAGCAGUGACCUGGCUGGGAAAGGGGACCGGGAGUGCAGGGCACCUGCUGAGGACUCACCUAAGCCCAAGAUUCAGAGAGUCAGGGCUCCAACCACAUCCGCCUGCAUGCCUUUCCCAGGCUCUCGCCACACAGACAGCCAGCACCCCCUCCCCAAAGACUGGGCAGUUCCUGACCAGCACCCCACCAAGUCCUCAGUAAGGCCUGUCUUUGGGGGAGCAGGGUCUCAGGAGGAUGGCGGAGGUGGUGUGGAACUCACGGCUGGCAGUUCCCGGCCUCUCAGGAAGCUUUGCCACUGGCUUGGGGUUAAGUGGGUGUGGAGCUCUGAACCCUAAAGGGGUGACAGUUGAAAUGGAAGCGGCAUCUGUAGUCCAUUUGGGGUGCAGGUGCGUGCCAGGGGUCCUCAGCCCCGGCUGAUGGCCACGUGAACCGCGUGAGGAGAGGCAGGGUGUGUCAGCAGCAACCCUAAGUGUGUGCUCAUUUCUGUGAGCCCUGACUCGGUGACACUGCGGCUCUCCAGAGGGACGCUUUGAAAACAAAACAGGAAAGAACACGUGGCCCUGCGUCUUUUGCCUGAGUCACUGUAUUCCUUAAAAGAUGAAGGGCCCUGGUCCUUGGCUCUUCCUGCACGUGAGAAAAUGUUGGCCGAGGUUAGCGAUUAUGCUUCUGUAAUCUGUAACCAGAAGUGCUCUUACGCCCAAGCCUUGGUGUGAUUCUGCUGUCAUGUAACUUCGGAGCCAGCUGGAUGGAAUUGGCAGGUCGUGAGCCCCGGCCCCCGCAUCCAAGCAGUGGGCCGAGACACUGAGCCGGGCAGUCAGACAGGACCUCUCUAAGGCUGCUCCUGGGCUGGGGCCUGGGUCUAGGAUUCUCAGUAAGACCUCUGAAUAAAACUAACUUGAAUUCUUGAAAA